UUGAAAUACAAGGGGUACCUGUAGUCUAACCUUGAGGAAGUUCUGUGUCAGUGCCUGUAGAAAUGCAUGAUAUUUUUCCUUGGCCUGCAAGACUAGUUGCAUGCAGGUCUGGAGAAAAUAUUCAGAGAAUAUGAACUAUUUGGAGUUAGAACUGCUACCAAUAGUAAUUAUUCAUUUGAAAAUACUUUUCAGAUUUCCAUAUAAAAUAGAUGGCAGCCAUUCAACUUCACUAGCUGCAGUGCCUUUUGAUCAACAGUGCUUUGAGGCUCCCCAGUGAGUGAUUAUGACAUCUAAAUGUUCUACAUUUUCAUGAUUCUCCUUCUUUCAGACUCUGAAUUUGAGGACAUCAGCUGGAGCCCCUCUCUUUUGCACAGUGUGGCUCUGGGAUUUGACCUCUGUCGUGUCGUGCACAGUGAUAUAAGGACAGGAAGAGUCCCCUCUUCUGGCUUUCAGGACUGGGCAGACAUCCCACAUUACAGCUGAAGGAGAGUGAUACCUCUACUGUAGGAGUACUCUCAAGAACAAGAAUUUCUGCUCAUAUUGGGACAUCCCUGUAUUCUAAAAAUUACCGCAGAUGAAAUUAGGAGAAAAUGCUGGCACCUGGGGUGAAGAAGAUCAUCCACAAACAUGUUUUCCAUCUUGCGUUUCUCAUGAGGACAGAAGACCUCAGCUGCAGAGCCUCAGGGCAAAAAGCUUCCAGGUUCCCCCAUGGAUGAGUGGACAGCUGGUCGAAAGAUAUUUCAGUCCAAAAACUGGCCUUGGUUUUUGAUAUUGAGAUCAUCAAAAAGAACCCCCAUUUUUUACCCAACAUGACCUUGGAAUUUGAUCUCUAUAAUGGCAUGCACAGUGACAUGAUGGUGACAGGGAAUCCAUUCCUCUGGCUUGUGGGCCUGGAAUAGGACAUUCCUAAUUACAUGUGUAAGAAAGAGCAAGUCUGUAGCCAGGAUUUCAGGAAUGAGCAUUAGUGUCCAAAUAGGCACACUGCUAGAACUCUACAAAACUCCACAGGACAGAAGACCUGAACUGCAGAGCCUCAGGGCAGGAAAAGUAUCAGAUUCCCCCAUGGAUGAGUGGACAGCUGUUGGAAAGAGCUGUAUCUCCUUGUGACUUGUCAGGAUGGUCCCGACUGCUAUUCCCAGAUGGAACAGAGUUUUUACAAGGAUGGAGAUAUUGAGAUUGCUGCUUUUUUGCACAUUUACACAUAUGAGGUUCCCAUAACCAUGAUGUGGUUCAGCAAAUAUCACAGAUUCAGAUGUGGAUUGGAGGCUUUCCCCUUAAGAUCCUUGUGUAUUUCAUGCAGGUUUCAGUCCAAAAACUACCAGUAUGCUCUGGCCUUGGUUUUUGCUAUUGAGGAGAUCAACAAAAACCCCCAUCUUUUACCCAACAUGACCUUGGGAUUUGGUCUCUAUAAUGUCAUGCACAGUGCUAUGACAGUAAUGGAGAACCCCUUCAUCUGGCUUGUGGGACUGGAAGAGGACAUUCCUAAUUACACAUGUAGGAAACAGAGCAAGUCUGUUGCUGUAAUAUCAGAAAGCAGCAUUGCUGUCCAAAUGGGGACACUGCUGGAACUCUACAAAAUUCCACAGCUGACUCUUGGACCUUUUGAACCUCUUCUGAGUGACAGUGGUCAGUUUCCUUCCCUCUAUCAGAUGACUCCCAAAGACACUUCUCUGGCCCAUGGCAUGGCCUCCUUGAUGCUCCAUUUUGGGUGGACCUGGGUGGGUUUGGCCAUCUCAGACCUCCCAAAAGGUGUUCAGUUUAUGUCUGAUUUGAAAGUAGAGUUACACAAGAAUGGCAUCUGUGUAGAUUUUGUGGAAUUGAUCCCAGCCACUCUAGAGUCACUUUCUUCAUUCCAAUAUGUGUUUCAUAUCCAGAUCCUAAAAUCAUCAGCAAAUGUGGUGAUUCUUUUCUGUGACACUGAGUCACUCAUAGGCGCCAGCUUUCAAUCAUGGGGGGAGUUAAUGAUGUGGAAAGUCUGGGUCACCACUUCACAAUGGGAUUUUGCCAGUUCUGAGAAACCUUUCCUGCUCCACUCAUUCCAUGGGACUCUCAUUUUUUCACACCACCAUAGUGAGAUCUCUGGUUUCAAAAACUUUCUUCGGACAGCUAACCCUUCCAAGUACCCAGAAGACUCUUACCUCUCCAGAUUCUGGUCGCUGGCUUUUAAUUGCUCAGUUACUGGGACAUCCUGUAAAACUUUGCAGAACUGUCCACUGAAUGCUUCCUUGGAAUCCUUGCCUCCGCAUCAUUUUGAUAUGACCAUGAGUGAUGGGAGUUACAACAUAUACAAUGCUGUGUAUGCUGUGGCCCACAGCAUGCAUGAGAUGCUUCUACAAGAGGUAGAAAUGCAGCCAGUGAACAAUGGGGCAAAGGUGGCAUUUUCUCCCUGGCAGUUGCACCCAUUUCUGAAGAAUCUCCAGUUUACCAAUCCAGCUGGUGACCUAGUGAAUUUGAAUCACAGGAAAAAUUUGGAAGCUGAAUACGACAUUCUCAACUUUUGGAAUUUUCCAUAUGGUUUUGGACAUAAGGUUAAAGUAGGGUGGUUUUCCCCACACGUUUCACAGAGUGAACAGUUGUCUCUCUCUGAGAAUUUGAUAGAGUGGGCCACAGGAAUUACAGAGACUCCAUGCUCGGUAUGCAGUGUGAGUUGCAGCCCUGGAUUCAGGAAAACCCCUCUGGAGGGAAAGCCUGCCUGUUGUUUUGAUUGCACACCUUGUCCUGAGAAUGAGAUUUCCAAUCAGACAGAUAUGGACCAGUGUGUGAAGUGUCCAGAUCUUCAGUAUGCCAACACAGAGCGAGACCAGUGCUUCUACAAAAAACUGACCUUUCUGUCUUUUGAAGAGCCCCUGGGGAUGACCCUGGUCUGCACAGCUCUGUGCUUUUCUGUCCUCACUGCUGUUGUUCUUGGGGUCUUUGUGAAGCACCGAGACACUCCCAUAGUCAAGGCCAACAAUCGUGGUCUCAGCUACAUCCUGCUCAUCGCCCUCAUCUUCUGCUUCCUUUGCUCCUUACUGUUCAUUGGUCAUCCCAACACAACCACCUGUGUCCUCCAGCAGACCACUUUUGGAGUGGUGUUCACCAUGGCUGUUUCCACAGUCCUGGCCAAAACUAUCACUGUGCUUCUGGCCUUCAAGUUCACUGCCCCAGGGAGAAGGAUGAGACACUGGCUGAUAUCAGGGGUACCUAACUCCAUUAUUCCCAUCUGCUGCCUGAUCCAACUGGCUCUCUGUGGCAUCUGGCUUGGGACUUCUCCUCCCUUUAUUGACACAGAUGCACACUCUGAGCAUGGCCACAUCAUCCUGGUGUGCAACAAGGGCUCCGUCACUGCCUUCUACUGUGUCCUGGGCUACCUGGGUUCCUUGGCCUUGGCAAGCUUCACUGUGGCUUUCCUAGCCAGGAAUCUGCCUGACACCUUCAAUGAAGCCAAGUUCCUGACGUUCAGCAUGCUGGUGUUCUGCAGUGUGUGGGUGACCUUCCUGCCUGUCUACCACAGCACCAAGUGGAAGGUCAUGGUGGCUGUGGAGGUCUUCUCCAUCUUGGCCUCUGGUGCAGGGCUCCUGGGCUGCAUCUUUGUUCCCAAGUGCUACAUUAUUCUCUUCAGACCUGAGAAGAAUGCU